AUGGAUCGCACCUCCUACGGCCCAUCUGAUGUUACUGAGGAGAUAUGGACAGGCCUUGGCCUUCCAUCGGAAGCCCUGUCGCGUGUUCAGCUUGAGGGCGACAGUGGGCCGGCAUUGCCAUCAUCUUUCCGGCUUGGUGUUCUCGCGCAAAGCUCGAUUGCUUUAUCCGCUCUUGCUGCCGCACAGAUCCACGCGUUGCACAACGAUGUUCAAGUACCGCGCGUGGAAGUUCCUCUUCAACAUGCAGUCAUCGAGUUCAAAUCUGAGAGGUUCUAUACCAUUGAUGGACAACUGCCUCCAGCAAAACCUAAUGCCAUAGGAGGACUCCAUCGAACUGCUGACCGUUUCAUUCGUGUCCAUGAUUCUUUCCCAAACCACUCAAACGGAAUGCUGGAGCUGGUUGGUCUUCCUCUGGGAUCAACUCGAGAACAGCUCGCCGACAGGAUUGCAAAGUGGCGGAGCCUCGAACUCGAAGAUGCGGCAACUGUGAAGGGCAAACUUGCGGCGUAUGCCUUGCGUUCAUACAACGAGUGGGACAACUUACCACAAGCAAAAGCCAUUGCAGACUUUCCGAUAUCUGUACAGCCAAUAUUCUCUGAAGGCACGAAAGGCUUUCCAGAUCAUAUGCCUACAGGAGCAACUGGAUGUCUCAAGGGCUUACGCGUUGUAGAGAUGAGCCGUGUGAUAGCAGCCCCCCUAUGUGGCAAGACACUGGCUGCCCAUGGUGCAGAUGUGAUUUGGGUAACUUCUCCAAGUCUACCGGAUCUGCCUCAAAUUGACCGCGAAUUUGGACGCGGGAAACGUACAGUACAGCUGGACAUUCGCAAAUCAGCGGACAAGGCCAAACUCUUGGAGCUCAUCAAAGAUUGUGACGUCUUCAUUCAAGGCUAUCGACCAGGCAGUCUCGCACAAAAUGGUCUGUCGCCCGAGGAACUGGGGAAAGUCAACCCGAACAUCGUGAUAGCCAACAUGUCGGCUUUCGGACCAAAUGGGCCAUGGGCAGGUCAACGUGGAUUCGAUUCAUUAGUUCAGACGUGUUCGGGAAUGAAUGUCUCAGAGGCUGAACAUGCGGGAGAAGGUGAGCCGGCUCGUCCGUUACCGUGUCAAGCGUUGGACCAUGUAAGCGGCUAUCUACUUGCGACUGGAGUCAUUGCAGCGCUUUACCGCCGGGUGGUCAGUGGAGGCGCCUGGCGAGUUGACGUUUCUCUGGCUGGUACGAUGAAGUAUCUCCGCAGUCUUGGACAGUAUCCUGGAUCCCAGGGCUUCCAGUGCAAGGAUCAUAAGAAGCAAGCUGAUGUUCCUAUCGAGUAUCUGGAGACUAGAGAAACUGGCUUUGGACGUAUGCUUGCAGUUAAACAUAGCGCCAAGAUCAGUGGUUGCGAGGUUGGUUGGAGUGUUAUGCCAAAGCCGCUAGGUUCAGACUCCGCAGAGUGGUCAUGA